AUGAACUCCAACAAGUUUUUUCAAUGGAUCCACAGUUUUAAAACUUUAAGUUCUAAUAGUACCAUUUAUCUAUACUUCUGGAUUUUUGGCCUUAUCAACAACAUACUUUAUGUCGUUAUACUUUCAGCUGCAAUUGAUAUAGUGGAAACGAACAUUCCAAAAUCUUUGGUCCUCUUGGUCGAUAUAUUGCCGUCAUUAACAAUUAAAUUACUUUCGCCAUUUUUCAUUCAAAGAAUUAAAUAUGGAAAUAGAAUAAUAUUAUUGAUUAUUCUCAGUUGUGUCGGAAUGAUCCUUGUAUCUUUGAAAGAUCUUUGGAUUUGUUUAUUUGGUGUAGGGUUAGCUUCACUUUCCUCAGGUUUUGGUGAAGUAACAUUCUUACAACUAACACAUACAUAUAAAGAGGUAUCACUAAAUGGUUGGUCGUCAGGUACUGGUGGAGCAGGUCUCCUAGGAAGCGCUAUAUAUUUAUUAUUAACUACAGUGUUACAUAUUCCAAUUCGCAUAUCGUUGCUGCUAUUCUCUAUAUUACCCUUUGGAUUUUUAUUGUAUUAUAGACUCGAUGGUAACGUAGAAUAUCACCCUCUUCAAGAUCAUCAGAUAACGACUAUUGAUAUCGAGGAAUCACAACUAGAACCUGAAUUAGGUGUCUUUGUAGGUGAUCAUUCGAAUGAAGAUUCUAUUUCUUCCCAUAUCUCGAAGACGUUAGCAAAAUUAAAAAUGUUAAUUAUGCCAUACAUGUUACCUCUUACUACUGUUUAUUUCUUCGAAUAUUUAAUUAAUCAGGCAGUAUCACCAACUCUACUCUUUCCAAUAGCCGAUCCUGACGAAAUUUUAAACUCUCAUUUCUCGUUUUUCCACAAAUAUAGAGAUUUUUAUGUUACUUAUGGUACUCUCUAUCAAAUGGGCGUUUUUAUAUCUAGAUCAACUGCUCACGUUUUCAGAAUUAAGCAAUUAUAUUUAUUGUCGGCUUUACAAGCCAUUAAUCUUUUGAUUGUAUUGCUGCAAUCAUGGAAUUAUAUCGUACAUCGACCAUGGCCUAUUAUGAUAUUAAUCGUUUAUGAAGGAUUAUUAGGGGGGUCAUCAUACGUUAAUACAUUCCUCAACGUUCUAAGUAAUGUUCCACCACAGGAUAAAGAAUUUGCAUUGGGUUCAGUAUCAAUUGCAGAUUCUUUAGGUAUUUUAUUAGCUGCAUUAGUAGGUACAAAAUUGGAGCCGACAUUGUGCCAGCAUCAAGUUAGUGAUAACAGACCAUGGUGUACAUUGGAAUGA